UUAUCCAUUCAUUUAAGAAAUACUUCCUGCGGUCUGUCGGCGUCUGUUUUCUCGCUGGUUGGCGGACGAAACUUCACAAAAGAUGUCUAAGCAACAACCAGCUCAGUUUAUAAAUCCAGAAACUCCUGGCUAUGUUGGAUUUGUAAAUCUCCCCAAUCAAGUUCACCGAAAAUCAGUGAAAAAAGGUUUUGAGUUCACACUGAUGGUGGUUGGUGAAUCAGGUCUAGGAAAAUCGACUCUCAUAAACAGCCUAUUCCUAACUGAUCUCUACCCAGAAAGAGUUAUACCUGGCGCUGCAGAGAAAAUUGAAAGAACCGUCCAAAUUGAGGCUUCAACUGUUGAAAUCGAAGAGCGAGGGGUCAAGCUACGCCUGACAGUGGUCGAUACCCCCGGCUAUGGUGACGCCAUCAACUGCAGGGAUUGUUUUAAGACGAUCAUCUCCUAUAUUGACGAGCAGUUUGAGCAGUACCUGCAUGACGAGAGCGGCUUGGACAGGCGGCACAUAGUUGAUAAUCGAGUGCACUGCUGCUUUUACUUCAUUUCCCCUUUUGGACACGGACUUAAGCCAUUAGAUGUGGCGUUUAUGAAGGCAAUACACAACAAGGUGAAUAUUGUGCCUGUCAUUGCGAAAGCUGACACCCUCACCCUGAAGGAACGGGAGCGGCUGAAGAAAAGGAUUCUGGAUGAAAUUGAAGAACAUAACAUCAAAAUCUAUCACUUACCUGAUGCAGAAUCAGUCGAAGAUGAAGAUUUUAAAGAGCAGACUAGACUUCUCAAGGCUAGCAUCCCAUUCUCUGUGGUUGGAUCCAAUCAGUUGAUUGAAGCCAAAGGAAAGAAGGUCAGAGGCCGCCUCUACCCCUGGGGUGUUGUGGAGGUGGAGAAUCCAGAGCACAGCGACUUUCUGAAGCUGAGAACCAUGCUCAUCACCCACAUGCAGGAUCUCCAGGAGGUGACCCAGGACCUUCAUUAUGAAAACUUCCGUUCUGAGAGACUCAAGAGAGGUGGCAGGAAAGUGGAGAACGAGGACAUGAAUAAAGACCAGAUCUUGCUGGAAAAGGAAGCUGAGCUCCGCCGCAUGCAAGAGAUGAUCACCAGGAUGCAGGCGCAGAUGCAGGGCGGGGACGGUGAUAGCGCUCUCGGGCACCAUGUGUAAGAAAACACUUUCCUGGAAAAAAAAGAAAACAUUCCAGAUGCGUGAUCCAGUCGUGUGUUUUCAUAAUCCUUGGGAGGGUGCCAUCCACAUUUUAAUGUACCUGUGCCUGAGAAUUUAAUUUUU